GGCACAAAACAGCUUAAUUGCAGGUGCACGCGGAAGGAAGAAGCGCGGUCGCGAUGCCGCCGCCGUAGGCUUUGGUUGGACCCAAAAUGAAACAUGCGCAGACUCGCUGUCUGGUUUAAUGCCACAGUUAGUAAGCCUGCUACAGGAGAUAUGCACUGAUAUUAAUGAGGUAUAGACUGUUUUUGAACAUAGAAGCGUGGGUGCUUAUUGAUGGAGGAUACGUAGGGGCCAGAGGGUAGCCUUACCUCGGAGCUCUCGAAACAAGAUGAUAAAGAACUGGGGCGUCAUUGGUGGGAUAGCUGCUGCGAUUGCAGCUGGAGUAUAUGUUUUGUGGGGUCCAAUCACAGAGCGAAAGAAAAGAAAGAGAGGUAUGGCACCAGGUCUUUUAAACUUGGGGAACACCUGCUUUCUGAACUCGUUACUUCAGGGCUUAGCAGCAUGUCCGUCAUUCAUCAGGUGGCUGGAGAAGUUUGCAGCUCUGCCUUCAAUCCAGUCCUGCAAAGACAACCAGCUAUCCACAACACUGCUCCAGCUUCUCAAAGCGCUAUCCAGUGAUGAGCCAGGUGAGGAUGAUGUUCUUGAUGCUGGAUGUCUCCUGGAUGUCCUCAGACUGUACAGAUGGCACAUCAGCUCAUUUGAAGAGCAGGAUGCACAUGAGCUGUUUCAUGUCCUUACAUCUUCUCUGGAAGAGGAGCGAGAUCGUCAGCCCAAAGUCACAAAUCUGUUUGAUAUGCACUCCCUUGAGAGUCUCCCAGAUCAAGAUGAGAAAACUAUGACAUGCAGAAGUCGAGCUCCCCUUCAUCCAAUACCAAGUCCGUGGAAGUUUCAGCAUCCGUUUCAUGGCCGGUUAACAAGCAACAUGUUCUGCAAGCGCUGCGAGCUACAGAGUCCAGUGCGGUACGACUCGUUUGAUAGUCUUUCCCUGUCCAUUCCUUUACCUCAGUGGGGGCGGCCGAUCUCUCUAGAUCAGUGUCUUCAGCACUUUAUCUCUUCGGAAACCAUCAAAGAAGUGGAGUGUGAAAACUGCACCAAGCUUCAACAAGCAACCACAAUAAAUGGACCAGUUGUAGAAAGCCAAAGGACAACAUUUGUUAAACAGCUAAAACUGGGGAAGCUCCCCCAGUGCCUUUGCAUCCAUUUGCAAAGAUUGACGUGGUCGAGUGAAGGAACCCCCAUCAAACGACAGGAGCAUGUGCAGUUUGCAGAGUAUCUAUCAAUGGACCAUUACAAACACAACACUUCCACACAGAGGAGUCAGCGGCUCAGAUGCACUGCAAAAUCCAUAAAGGCUGAAAGCAGAGACGAUUCAGUAGAAAAACCCUCUGCCAAUGGCUCCGAUUCAGAGCAUCAUAACAACAACAAACCUUUUUCUAAUGGAACUUGUUCAUCGGUCCUCCUUCACACUUCUGGUGUGAACCCACAGCUCAGCCUCGCAUAUGACUACAGUUCUACAGAGUACCUUUUCCAGCUCACGGCGGUGCUGGUUCACCACGGUGACAUGCACUCAGGACAUUUCGUCACCUACCGCCGCAGUCCCUCCUCAUCUCGCAGCUCUUCGCCCUUCAGCUGCCAGUGGCUGUGGAUGUCAGACGAUUCGGUACGCAAAGCCAGCCUGCACGAGGUGCUGUCUUCCAACGCUUACAUGCUCUUUUACGAGAGAGUUCGAAGGCUUGGCCUCUCUCUGCAGUCAGAGCAGUAACCAAAGGCUCGCAGCCUGAAUGACUUCUGCCUUUCCAGUCACACUGUCACACUCGAUGUGGCAGGGGACAGCACGGUUACCAACAGGUGGCUUUGUGAACAUGACACCAGAGAAGAAAGCCAUCCUAGAGUUGUCCUAGGGUGUAGUGUGAUGUGUUGUGGACACCUUGCCUGCUGCUCUGCUCCAGAGGAGGAGCCUUUUAAUCCCAAAGAUAAUAAAACUGCAGGAUUUUUGUGUUAGCGUUUAUCGGGAAGCUACUUUUUCUUUGACAAGUAAUAAUUUAUGUAACACCUCGACUUCUACCAGAUAAAGAAAGAGGAACAUUAAACGCUGCAUCGGCCACAACAUCAAAAACCACUGACAAGCAAAAUGAGUAACUGUUGUCAUCACUGGUGCAGUGAUCUGCUGCAAAACCUAUGGGUCAUGGUAUAUGGAUGCUACUUUGGUACACUCCACCCACCUAAAGACUGUUGCAUCCCAAGCAAUGGCACUCUGUGGCAGUAUCCUCCUCCAGCAGCAUAUUUACCCCAAACCCCACC